GCAAAAACAAAAUCAGAAAAAGGCGUACGUGCCCUAGCCGGUUGUCCAUUUGUUCCUCCCGCUACUACGCACCCCUCUCGCUUCAUACAGGAAAUUAGUUCAGUGAAGCUGAGAUGUCUGGCAGGGAAGAGUUGGACAUUGAUGAUGAUUUUAGCGAAAUUUAUAAGGCGUAUACUGGUCCUCUGGGAUCUAAUCCUAAUGCAACCAAUGCACAAGACCGAACUACAACAAAAAAAAGAUCAAAAGCGGGUUCGGAUGAGGAAGAGGAAGCCCGAGACCCUAAUGCUGUCCCAACAGAUUUUACGAGCCGAGAAGCUAAGGUUUGGGAAGCUAAAUCUAAAGCUACUGAAAGGAACUGGAAGAAAAGGAAAGAGGAAGAAAUGAUCUGCAAAUUAUGUGGAGAAUCUGGCCACUUCACUCAGGGUUGUCCUUCUACUCUUGGGGCGAAUCGUAAGUCUCAAGAUUUCUUUGAGCGGGUACCUGCGAGAGAUCCUCAUGUGAAAGCAUUAUUCACUGAAAAGGUAGUAAAUAAGAUUGAAAAGGAUAUAGGAUGCAAAAUCAAAAUUGAGGAAAAAUUUAUCAUUGUCAGUGGCAAGGAUAGGUUGAUCUUGAAAAAAGGUGUUGAUGCUGUUCAUAAAGUCAAAGAAGAGGGUGAGAAUAAGCAUUCUUCUAGCUCCCCAAUUUCCAGGUCUAGGUCACCUGAACGCAAGAGUCCUGUUAGCUCACGGUUGGGACGCUCCAAUUCUCAAAGAUCCAAUCCCAGUCCACAUAAUGCCUCGCAGGUCCCACACAGAUUUGGCAGACAUGAGAAGGUUGUGGAAGACCAUGUUCGUGAAGAUGUGCAAAAAUUAUCGAGGGCCUCUAUGCAAGAAAGAGCUUAUGGCAAUGAUGGUGGUAGAGGUCGAUCAAGCCAUUCAAGGUCUCCAGCACCUUCCUCUUAUGUGGGAAACCCAUAUAAUUCUUAUGAUGGUCAGAGUCAAAGCAAGGGGGGCUACAGAACUGAUGGAUGGGAUGCUGAAAGACGUGGGUCUGACAUGCAAUCUAGCCAUAAGUUUGAACACCAUGCAUUCUCUCAAACCUUCGAGGAAAUAGAAUUGGAAUAUAAAAGGGAAGCAAUGGAUCUUGCGAGAAUUCGAGACAAGGAAGAAGAUGAAGAAAUUCACAAGCAUCGCGAGGCUGUGAGAGAAAUUAGGGAGGGUUACAUGAAGAAACUGACUAUGCUCAGGGGUGCACAAGCAAAACAGUGGGAAGAAUUUCUUCAAGUUGACGUCCAGAGGAGACAACAAGCUUGCCACCAUAUUUCAGCUGCUGGGUUUAGUGAUUAUAAACAACCUAGUUAUUUAGAGUAUGAUAAUCCUUCAGGCAAUGCGCACUAUUCCGGUCCUGUAACCAAUAUGCCGAUGGAGUCAAGGGGAAGGUACCCAAAUUCUAUGGAAAAUUAUCCUUCAAGACCUCACAACACAUUUAAUGAUUUUCAGCGUCAAAGGCACGAUGACUUGGGGAAAUCCUAUAACCGAUACUAAGUUGAUAGAUGGAAAUCAAGAUAGGAUCCAAUUGUUGCUUGGGUACAAGUAUUGGUAAGGAACCUUCAAACUAGGUAAGUAUGAAAACUGUGUUUUCACCUCCCCUAGAAGUCGCUACUUGAAUGGUAAGAACGCUAUUUGUUGCUAUUUCAUCAAGACUAUGGAACGUCGUCUUUGUAAUCUAAGAAGUGAAAUUUGGUUAUGCAUUAUGGAACCACUUCUGGCAAGAUUUUUGUUUUUGAUUAAAAUUUCCACUUCUAUUUCACU